AUGUCCUCCACAAAACCUCUUCUAGUCGUCCUUGGUGCUACAGGAAACCAAGGAGGUUCCGUCGUUGCACACUUCCUUUCCCUGUCAUCAUCACCAUAUGCACUUCGUGCCGUCACUCGAGAUCCAUCCUCUGCCAAAGCCAUUGCACUUGCCUCCCAGGGAGUCGAGGUAGUGGCCGGAGAUUUUGAUGAUCCUAAUUCCUUAGAUGCGGCUUUUAGGGGUGCGUCGGUCAUUUUUAGCAUGACCGAUUUCGCCCAAUCCAUGAUGAAUCAAUCAUUACUAGAGAAAGCUGCCACAUCUGCCGUAAGCCCUGGACUUUAUAUUAGAGACUAUGAAGCCCAACAGAAUAGGAACAUCAUCGACGCUGCUUCUAAAGUUAGAACAUUAGAAAGAUUCAUCUAUUCCAGCCUUCCCUAUGCGGAUAGGUUGAGUGAGGGAAAGUAUGCCCGAGUGUACUAUUACGAUAGUAAAGCAUCCGCGGAAGAGUAUGGCAAGUCAACAUACCCAGAGCUUUGGGAGAAGACCAGCAUUUUCUACGCUGGUUUCUAUCUCGAGAAUUACAUCUGGGGGACAAAAGAUCUUUAUUUUUGCCCUAAAUGGAACAAGGGAAAAGACAGUCUCAUCGCAUGGGGUAUGGAACCUCUCACCACUUUCAACUGGCCUUGGUACUCUGUCGUGCAAGACACCGGCCCACUGGUGGCAGCUUUGAUUCGUGCUGCACCUGGCAAGAAGCUUAUCGGCGUCAACGAGUGGCUCAGCAUGAAAGAUAUCUCUAAGCUCAUAGCUCAGAUAUUAGGGAAAGAUAUCGAGUUUGUUGAUAGUGGACCCAAUUUUAACCAGGGCGAUCCCGAUUUCCAGCGCAGUCGUCGGGAGAUGGUUGGGUUUUCCAUGGAGUUUGGUUAUUACGGAGACAAGGUUGACACGACGGUCCUGAAGCCGAGUGAGCUGGGGGUUUCAGUGCAACUGAGCCCCGUGAAAGAGUGGAUUGAAAAACAGGAUUGGGAGAAAGUCUUGCCAGCCGAGUAG